AUGUCCUCACCACAUCGAAGGGGACCUUGGUCUCAAGCAGAGGACGCCUACCUCGUUCAACUGGUGCACACCCAAGGAGCAUUGAAUUGGGUGCGCAUUGCCCAACUCAUCGGUUCGAGAUCACCUAAACAGUGCCGGGAACGAUACCACCAAAAUCUCAAGCCAACGCUUAAUCAUGAGCCAAUCAGUCCAGAAGAAGGACUACAGAUCGAGCGUAUGGUCGGCGAGAUGGGAAAGCGCUGGGCAGAGAUCGCUCGAAGGCUGCAUGGUCGGAGCGAUAAUGCAGUAAAGAAUUGGUGGAAUGGCAGCAUGAAUCGACGAAGGCGCCUUGAUAUUCGACGGAGGAUAUCAACGCAGCACGCCAACAGCACGGAUGAGAGGUCGCACCCAGUGUCGUACGCUAGGCCAGCUUCGAGCUACACCUUGUCCAUCACAUCGACCAACUUCUCAUCGAGGCUAGGCGAUGGGCCACUGCCAUCCCCCGCAGUCUCGGAAGCCUCGAGAGCAGAGUCGGUAGAGGUGGGUGCGCCGUCACUCAUCUCGGACGCCAGCUCUGCAUUCUCGGUAUCUCCUCGUCUCGCGCAGUCACCAGGCCUAGAUUUGCCUCCAUUGAACUCUUUCUCUCGAGAUCAAAGACGCCCGAGUCUGCCAGCCAUUCCAUUCAGAUCAAACAACACCUUCCUUUCAGAUGGGGAUAGUCAAGGGUACACGUUCAAGCAUCGCGCCGUUAGUGACUCGAAGAAGAACAUCUCGACUACACAUUCGUCCUCUGUACAGCGGCCUGACCAGUUCUAUCAGAUGCCAUCGCACCCCCCCCGAAUAUAUCACCCAGAAUCUCGAACACAGCUGCUCACAGCCCCAUCAACGCCUGUGCAGCUUCCACCUAUCCAAUUCAGCACUCGGUACGAGAACCUGGAGCGAUUAACAGAGCGAGACACGAGGAUGCAUCUUUCUUCACUGUUGGGAUAA